AUCCAGUCAACCACCAGAAGAAAGAGAAAGGAGGAGAGAGUAUGCAGCCUUGUCUGAUUCUGGUCUUUACUUUGAAUGCGUCUGUCAGCUGUCCUAGAUGCACAACUUUGCAGUGCAAUCCAUCGUACGAAUUCCGAAUGAUGUUGACGAUUUUCUCAGGUACUCCAUAGUGUCAAAGAAGUUUCCACCAUGUUCUAUCCACACUGUCAAACUCCUAAUAGUCAGGGAAUUUGAUGUAUAGUGACGAAUUCCAUUCAAUUGAUUGUUCAACGAUGAUCCGUAGUGUCACAAUUUGUUCUGUGCACGACCGAUCCUUACUGAAUCUGGUCUACUGAUCUCCUAACUAAGUGUCUACUGAAUCUUUAAUCCGGUUCAGCAACACUGUUGAAAACCUUUCCUGGUACUGACUAUAGUGUGAUUCCUGUGUAGUUCGCACAUUUGCUCAGCUCUCCUUUCUUUGAUAUAUUGAUGAGGUGUUCUUCUUUUCAAUCUGUCGGUAUCACUUAUCCUUCCCCCCAAAUCUUCAUGAAUAGAGUAUGAAGCAUGUUUACAGUUUUAGGACAAGUGGUAUGUAUCGUCUACUUUCUCUUUAACUCAGUUUUAUUUAUAAUCGAUUUUCUUCAUUUUUAAAUAACCUAGACAUUAGUCCUCUACAAAUAUAUCAGUAGUAAAGAAAUGAGGAAGGAGUGAUAAACAUAAACCUGAAUUUUUGGCACGUAUAAAAUGGUAAAACAGUUCUGACGUCCAAUCAUUUUGAAAACUACAUCUAGAACACUAUAUCAAUCGUUUAUUUUAUUAAUUAUUUAGGAACGUGCAGCUUUCUAUCAAAAUCGUGCAGCAGCCAAAGAGAAUCAACGUCAAUAUGAAUCUGCCAUUGAAGAUUGUUCUCUUGCAUUAUCAUUAACACCGCAUUAUUUGAAAGCAUUAAAUCGUCGAGCACAUUUAUAUGAAAAAUUAAAAAAAUGGGAUGAGUGCCUUUUAGAUAUGACAGCUUGUUGUAUUUUUGAAAAAUUUAAAAAUGCUGACAACAUUGUUUUCAUGGAUCAAGUACUCAAAACAAUUGGACAACAGAAAGCUCAAGAAGAACGUUCCAAAUUAUUGCAUGAAUUACCAUCAGCUUCUUUUAUUCGUAAUUAUUUGAGCGCAUUCGCAUGUAAUCCAUUCACAGUUAAUUCUUCACAAUUAUCCAAGCAUAAUUCACUGACUGAAACUAAGACUGCAGUUAACGGAGUAACUGAUGAUCAUCCUGUAUCAAAUAUGCCCAGUACCACAGAAGUACCCAAUAAUAACAAUCCUAAUCAAUAUGAUUGUACACAAUUUAAAGAACCUCUUCAAUCAGCGUUUAAUAACGUAAAUUCAGCCUUUGAUUAUAUGACGAAAGGUGAUUAUCAACAGUCAGCUGAUCAUGCGAUGAAAGCCGUUAAUUUGUUCGAAUCAAUCUUAUCGGAUAAGUCGUUCGCAGAUGUAAAGAAUUUGAUCAAUUCAUCAUCUGAGUUAGAUGAUAGUGAAACAAUUUCAAAAUCAAAUGAUAAUCUCAUCUCUCCUGAAUCUAAUGGACAUAAUGAAAAUGAAAAUGAAUUGGACAGCAAAGAAAACAAUAUCGUCACCACAACUUCAAAUAAUACUGAUUCCCUCAAUAAAAUUAAAACAAAUGAAUCUAUUCAAGUGUAUAUUAAAGAAGUAUAUAAUCAAAUUUCACUUUUACACGCUACUUAUCAAGCAUUAGCUGGACGUUCUGAAGAAGCAAAAGAACGUUUUCAAAAUAUUGGUAUGGUGGACUCUGGAGCUUCAUUAGUGGUUCGUGUUAAUGCAUUGAUUAAAUCUGCAUGUUUAUCAAUGUCAGUUGAUCAAGAUGUAGCUGCUUGUCUUUAUGAUUUCCAACGUGCACAAAAUGUUUGGCCUGAAUGUCCGGAUGUGUAUCUUCAUCGAGGUCAAAUUAAUCUAUUAGCUGAUCAAUUAGAUGAAGCAUUGCAUGAUUUGAAUACAGCUGUUAAAUUAAAGCCGGAAUUUUCAGUUGCACAGGCUCAGCGUUUGUACACUUUAUAUCGAUGCGCAUUAACUGCUGGUGAUGUUAGUAAAGUGGAUUCUCGUAUUGAAGAGUUUCGUCGAUUAGUAAAGAAAUAUCCCAAUUGUUUGGAAACUCAUUCUUUAUUUGCUCAGAUCCUGUCUGAACGUGGUGAUUUUAAAGAGAGUGAUAAAAUAUUUGCUGAUCUAAUAACACUUGCACCAGACUCUGGAUUAGCCUAUGCUCAUCGUGGCCUAUUACAAUUAAAAUGGAAACAAGAUCGUGAUGCAGCAUUAUGUUUCUUUAUAGAAGGUAUUCAAAAAGAUCCUAAAUGUGAAUUAAUUCAUGAAUUACUUGGUCAAUUAUCUGUAGAAAAAGGUCAAUUCAGUGAAGCAUUAAAACAUUUUGAUAUGGCAAUUAAACAAGCUAAAACACAAAAUGAUUUAUCACAUUUAAUUGCAUUACGUGAAGGUGUUAAUGCACAAUUAAAAGUAUGUGAACAAUAUAAAAUAUCAAUACCGGAUGUUUUGUCAAGUAUACAACAUGAACAACAAAAAUUCUUAAUGGCUAUGCAAGAGAAAUUGUAAAGAUAAUUAAAAUAAACAAACAAUAAAAUUGACUUCCUGUCUUAUGAGAAGUAGCAACAAGAAGUAUGCGAGAAAGAAAAAAACAACAGACUACUUACAUCAGCAACUUUGUUAUUAUUUGGUUUGUUUUUCUUUUUCUACAAGGGCAACGGAACAUUUGUGUUCCCAUGUUGUUGUCUUUUUUUUGUAUAGAAAGAAAAAUUAAUGACAAUCAUUUAUAGAUCAUUCCAUCUUGAUUAAUUAAUCUGUUUGUCCCUUCCCCCCUCUCUCUCUCUCUUUAUCACAUCGAUACUCAUCCAUGUUUCAAAUUUCCUUGAUUUUUUCAAUUAGGAACGUGUUCUGAUUUAGUGCACAUUUGUUUGAACAUUUUUAUACAGUUAUAUAUAUAUAUAUAUAUAUAUAUAUAUAUAUAUAUAUAGAGAGAGAGAGAGAGAGAGAGAGAGAGGGAGACACAAUUCAUGGAUGGUAGAACUAGUUUGCGAAAGAAUAGAGAAAUACAUGAUCAUUUUUGAAUAGGCUAAGUUAUUAGGGUGUUAGUCAUUCAACCAUUAAGGAUUAAGUUUGAACUCACUAUCUACUUAGAUUUGUGUAAUCGGGUAGUAUUGCUAGCCGUCACAAUUUGGGUGUAGCUGUGAAAGCCAAUUACAUCAGUCAGUUGGUUACAACGUAGAACUUCAUACGUACAUCAGUUCAAGUUGCUAUACCACAUUAGCA